AUGGCCGAACACGCCCAGGACUCGACCAUGCCCACGAGCAUCCAACCAGAGCCUCCAAUCCAAGACCAGGUACAACCUGAGGUUACUCCUGCAUCAGCUGGACAGAAGCGCUCCCUUGAUGAGGCUUCUGAAGAUGAACCUAUGAUGGAUCAACAAAAUGCACCCGCGUCUUCAAGUCAUGCAUCACCAGCUCAAAAGAAAAUAAGGCUGAGCGACCCGGGAAUUGGCGAUUCUGGGGAUGAGAAUGAGGAUGCCAUACCUGCAUCGCCCGGCUCACCUGACCCUGAGCCAACCGAAACAUCCAAUAAGGAUAUCGGCGGUGAUAAUGAUGAUGAUGAUGAUGAUGAUGACGAGGACGAGGACGAUGAUGAGGAUGCUAAUGAUGAGGAUGAUAAAGAGGGCAAGGUCGAAGAACCUACACAGGACGACGAUGAAGCAGAAAUCACUGCUGGCCCCCGCGAUUGGAACAGCGCCUCUCACAAAGUUGUCAGGACCUCGUUUGGGGCCGCAUUGCCAAUCCUCAAAACACGCGGUGUCUUGAACCGUAAACCCGCAGGCUCAGCGGAUACAAAGAGCCCAAAAGACGCCGAGACCAAGACCGAUGCUGCUUCAAAUGACAAGGCGGGCGUCGAGUCUACCGCUAUCAGUGGUGAUCCUGGGACUACCGGCAAAUCCAGGUCUAGGUCAAAGUCCAAGUCUAGGUCUAGGUCUGGCAGUGAGGCGCCGGACCGAUCCACAAUGCGCCGCAAAAGCAUUGAUUGGAAGCUGCCGGAACUUCAGUUGGACGUCAAGGGCGGCCGAAAGAAGCAGUUCCUUGCCUGGUGCGAAGAGUUCUGCUCAGAUAAUGCCCCGAACGUGGCAAAGGUGGAUGCUAGGCUGCUGCGCCGCGGUUACCUGAUCCGUCUGGAAGCUACUUCGAUACCUGAGCAGGUUCGUAAGGAAAGCAAGAAGGCCGCCAGGAAUACGGAUUCCUCGCAGAUGGACAAGAUAAUCUCUCGCUUUGUUGGUAAUGGCAAGGAAUCCUCUGAUCUGUCCGAGGGAGAGAUAAUGUCUGAAUCGGAACCAGAAGAUAAGCCAGAGAACAAGCCGUCCAACCUCGUAGAAAAACAGCUCCAACAACUACCAGGAUCUGGCGGGAGUGGCAAAAUACAACUAUCUCGGGAGGAAGAGCUUGAGCAGCUCCGCCUCUACUUCCCCCGUGCAUCUCAGACGAAUUUCUGCGUCAUCUGCGCCAAAAACGGUCACCGUGCAAACGACUGCCCGCCCCCGACGUGCAGACACUGUCAGGACCAAGGCGGCCACACCUCGGCCCAGUGCCCGACGAGGGUACGCUGUACCAAGUGUCAACGCCUAGGCCAUAUCAAAAAGUCCUGCCUCGAGAAGCUCGCCUCGGCCCCCGGCGAGGCAGAGCUGGAGUGUGCCGUCUGCUGCGCCACCGACCACCUCGAGGACGACUGCGAAUCCCUGUGGUGUACUUACUACCCGGACCCGGAGAACAUCAUCAAGGUCCAGUCCAUCCCGGCCUUUUGCUACUCGUGCGGCGCAGACAACCACUUUGGCGGCGACUGCGGGCUAUACAACAACAUCUCGACCCACUCCAAGGACGACACCUGGACCGUCGCGCACCGUGAUCUGUACGUCGACCCGGACACCGAUGUCCUGGCCGUGUCCUGGGUCCCUCCACCACCUCCCGACCCCGAAAGGCCCGACUUUGGCGGCAGGAGCAUCGUGCCGCAGCGGAACCACGUCUACUUUGAGAGCGACGACGAGGAGGAGGGCGAGUUCAUCCAACCCCCCGUCCGGAACCGUGCACCGCCUCCCGGCCGCCAGCAGAUCAGGAUCAACGGCCAGGCCGGCACGUCAGCUGCCAACGGGACGGGUAGCGGCGCCAGACAACGUGACUCUAGGAACCAGAGGAGGAACGAAAGUGGUGGCGGCGGAGGACGAAGCGGUCGGAACCCGCCCCUCCCUCCCGGACCGCCACCGUCUUCUUUACCAGCCAGGCCGCCCGGAGGGUCGUCGGGUGGGAGUAGCUCCCGAGGCGGCGGCGCCGGGGGCGGACGGAGGGGCAGGGGAGGGUUCAGCCGGGUGAGGGGUGGUCAUAGAUAG